GCGGAAGCGGCCGUGCCGUGCCGGGCGGGUGGCGGAGGGUCGCGGCGGCCGCGCCAUGGUGGAUUACAGCGUGUGGGACCACAUCGAGGUCUCGGACGAUGAGGACGAGACUCACCCCAACAUCGACACCGCCAGCCUCUUCCGAUGGCGGCACCAGGCCCGCGUGGAGCGCAUGGAGCAGUUCCAGAAGGAGAAGGAGGAGCUGGACAAGGGCUGCCGCGAGUGCAAGCGCAAACUGGCCGAGUGCCUGAAGAAGGUGAAGGAGCUGGAGCUGGCCGAGCCCGAGAGCGGCCGGGGGGAGCUGGAGAAGCUCCAGGCCGAGGCCCAGCAGCUGAGGAACGAGGAGAAGAGCUGGGAGAACAAGCUGGAGGAGCUGAGGAAGAAGGAGAAGAACAUGCCCUGGAACGUGGACACGCUCAGCAAGGACGGGUUCAGCAAGAGCGUUUUCAACGUGAAGCCCGAGGAGAAGGAGGAGACGGAGGAGCAGAAGGAGAAGAAGCACAAAAGCUUCGUGGAGAGAUACGAGAAGCAGAUCAAGCACUUCGGGAUGCUGCGGCGCUGGGACGACAGCCAGAAGCACCUGUCGGAGCACCCUCACCUGGUGUGCGAGGAGACAGCCAACUACCUGGUGAUCUGGUGCAUCGACCUGGAGGUGGAGGAGAAACACGCGCUGAUGGAGCAGGUGGCCCACCAGACCAUCGUCAUGCAGUUCAUCCUGGAGCUGGCCAAGAGCCUCAAGGUGGACCCCAGGGCCUGCUUCAGGCAGUUCUUCACCAAAAUUAAGACGGCAGACCAGCAGUACCUGGAGGGCUUCACGGAGGAGCUGGAGGCGUUCAAGGAGCGCGUGCGGGGCCGGGCGCGGGCGCGCCUGGAGAAGGCGCUGCGCGAGUACGAGGAGGAGGAGCGCCAGAAACGCCUGGGGCCCGGCGGGCUCGACCCCGUCGAGGUCUACGAGUCCCUGCCCGCCGAGCUGCAGAAAUGCUUCGAUGUCAAAGACGUUCAGAUGCUGCAGGACACAAUCAGCAAAAUGGACCCAACCGAGGCCAAGUACCACAUGCAGCGCUGCAUCGACUCGGGGCUCUGGGUGCCCAACGCCAAGGGCGGGGACGGGGCCGAGAGAGGCGCGGGGGAGGCGGCGCCCUACGAGGAGAUCCAGAAGGAGAACGGAGGAGGAGCCGAGCCGGAGGCCAAGCCCUGAGCGGGGCCACCGCGGCCCGCGGGGAAAAAAAAGAAAAAUGGCAGAAAAGGUCAAAAAAAACCACGGAAAAAAAAAAAAAACAAAAUACAAAAAAACCAACCCAACAAUUUCAACCCCCCCGUCGGAAAAGCAGCAGAAUCAGGCGGGGAGGGGUCGUGCCCCACCCCCCCCCAGCCCUGCAGCCCCCUCCCCACUCCCCUCACGCCCCCCCCCCCCCCCACGCUUUUCACGCCGUAGAGACUUUGGGGAAGGAUUUUGGGAGGUUUGGGCCCCCCCCCAUCCCCUCCGGGUGGGUUUGGGGUGCAGGGGGGGUCGGAGCCGCGGUGCCAGAGCAGAGAAUAAAGAGAUUGGAGAAGCUGA